GCCUCACUCGUACUGCAUCUCGCAGUGACUCAGCAAGAGAAAGCUAAAAAAAAAAAAACGAAUAUGGAAAUGCUUUACCGUUAACAAGCUGUGACCUUUUUAUUCAUCUGACUGAGACAUAAGGAGAUGAGACAGAAGAUGGAUCUUGACUUGUUUGGGAAACAGGACAGGACUGCAAUGAACUGGAUUUAAGGCACUGUGCGCACUGAUUCAGGGUGGGAAUAAUAAGUCUCAGGAGGCUGGGCAGAGUUUUUGCAACAUAAAACACAGUUUCACAUGAGACUGCAACUAUUUUUUCAACGAAGAAUCAGAUUACGCAUGCUAUUCUUGACUUUAGCUUACAAAAGAGAGCUUCAUGUUGCGGCUGAUGGGAAGAAGAAGAAAUCAAACAAAUAUAUCUUGCAGAUUAGAGGAGACGCUUGACAGUUUACUGUGAAAACAGGACACACCCCGAGGGAGUGCAGUUCACUCAUACACACACUCCCUGAAAGCACUGCUUUCCAUGGUCAAAUGGCGGCAGUCUCAGACUACCAGCGACACUAUAAUGUGAAGGACGAGCCGGACGGUGAAGACAUGCAGUCUGACGAGGGUACGGAGUGGCUCAUGGAGCUGCUCACUGAUGUGCAGCUCCAGCAGUAUUUUCUGCGUAUCCGUGACGACCUCAAUGUCACACGUCUCUCACACUUUGACUAUGUCAAAAAUGAGGACCUUGAAAAGAUCGGCAUGGGCCGCCCAGGUCAGAGACGGCUGUGGGAGGCAGUGAAAAGGAGAAGGGCCAUGUGCAAACGGAAGUCAUGGAUGAGCAAGGUGUUCACCGGGAAGCGUCCUGACUCCGAUUCCCAGACUCCAGCGGUGUUCCGCAGCUCAUCCCCAUCAUCAGCUCAACCAGACGGUCAGCCAGCCGAUCUCACCUGCCUCAUCAGUGACAGAGACCUCACCCUCUACGAGAAACUGGGAGACGGAUCCUUCGGAGUGGUGAAACGUGGAGAAUGGCAAGCCCCCUCUGGAAGAGUGCUGAGUGUGGCUGUAAAGUGCCUGAAGACAGACCUGUUGGACCAGCAGGGUGAAGGUCUAGAUGACUUCAUAAGGGAAGUUAAUGCCAUGCACUCCCUGGACCACCACAAUCUCAUUCGUCUAUAUGGUGUUGUCCUCACACACCCCAUGAAGAUGGUGACAGAACUUGCCCCAUUGGGUGCUUUGUUGGACCGCCUGAGGAAGCGUCAGGGUCAUAUAUUGAUAGCGGUUCUGUGCCACUACGCCGUUCAGAUCUCCUGUGGCAUGGCGUACCUUGAGUCCCGACGAUUCAUUCACAGAGACCUGGCUGCACGCAACAUCCUGUUAGCCUCCAACGACCUCAUCAAGAUAGGUGACUUUGGCCUAAUGAGGGCCUUGCCUAAAAAUGAUGAUCAUUACGUGAUGCAGGAGCAUCACAAAGUCCCUUUUGCCUGGUGUGCUCCAGAGAGCCUGAAGACCCGUACCUUCUCCCAUGCCAGUGAUACCUGGAUGUUUGGAGUAACAUUGUGGGAAAUGUUCACUCACGGGCAGGAACCAUGGGUUGGACUCAAUGGUAGUCAGAUUCUCCAUAAGAUCGAUAGGGAGGGAGAGAGGCUUAUCAAACCGGAGGACUGUCCGCAGGACAUUUAUAACGUCAUGCUGCAGUCCUGGUCGCCCAAACCCGAGGACAGGCCGACAUUUGUGUCCCUCAGGGACUUCCUUGUGGAGACAAUGCCCACUGACAUGAGGGCACUGCAGGACUUUGAUGAACCAGACAAACUUAAAAUUCAUGCCAAUGACAUCAUCACUAUCAUUGAGGGCAGAGCAGAGAACUAUUGGUGGAGAGGUCAGAACAGACAGACUCUAAAGGUGGGACAGUUCCCGAGGAAUGUGGUGACCUCUGUGGCGGGUCUGUCUGCUCACGACAUCAGCCGACCUCUCAAGCACAGUUUCAUCCACACGGGCCAUGGAGACACAGAUCCACUCCGAAGUUGGGGCACCCCUGACAAGAUCGAUGAUUUGUACCUUGGUAAUCCCAUGGAUCCUCCAGAUGUUCUUGGGAUGGAUUCAAAUACGGCCAAGCCCACUAAACUUCCAAACCGGGCGAAAAAACAACCUCCCCCCAGACCUCCUAAACCAGCAGUUCUACUUAAGAGUAAGAACCAUUUCUUUUCCUCUAAGAAUCACAUGACAAAAACAAUUUUCCCCAAAGUUUUUCCUUAUGACUUGUUCCCAGAACCAUUUUACGACUCUGUGCUGGACAAUGAUGAUGAUCUGAUAGUGACGGGUGUGAAGAAACUCUCGCUUAAGACUCCCACGUACCUGGGUUUACGCCCCUGGCCUUGGGAAAGCAUUAGUCCGAGUGACCGCCUCAGCGAAGUCUCACUCAUUGACUUUGGAGACGAUAGUUUCAGCUCUACGUCACCCUCACCCAUUACCGAGACGCCCAACCCCAGCACAGCGAAACCACCUGCAUCCUACGCCGCAUCGAUCUUAGAUAUGGCGCCACCGCAAAGCCCCAAUCGAGCCCUGCCCAACCCCAUGCACCCUACUCCUGUGGUGGAUUGGGAUACGCGGCCCCUACCUUCUCUUCCGGCAUAUGACGAAGUUGCCUUGGAUAGUGCUGAGCAGGAAGACAUGGAAGUGAGCUCCAUAAAUGCAUCUGCGGCGGUGCAGGAAGACACUGUAUCUGAACAGACACAAUUAGGGGAUGACAUUAAAGUCGAUGGGAAAUGCAAUGUGGAGGACAACCUCUUUCUACCAUUCAAGCAUGGGGAGGAAUCCCACUCGUUUUCGCAAUCAGCAGACAUCUUCAAGGAGCUACAACGGGAGGUGAUGGUGAAGCUUCGGGUCCCUCCGACCGGACGUUCCCUCCCUUCUUCACCCCUCCCGACUCCUUCAGCUCUCGCCCCGCACCGACAGAUCAUCCUGCCCUCCUCCUAUGAGGACAGGCCUCAAAUCCCUCCUAGAAUCCCAAUCCCACCCAUGCGGCCCUCUAAGCGGGCAGGAAUAUAUGGCAGCAGACUGUCGGUUUCUCUUGGAGACCAAGAAGACGUGAGCCGCUGUCCGCCUCAGAUACCCCCAAGGGAUCACGCUCUAUCUCAGCCCAACUCUCGGGCACCGAGCCCUAUGGUGCAGCAAGGCGGCUCCCCUCAACAGAGAUCCAGCCUCUGUUGCGUCGGAUCAUUGGGCUCCUGCUUAUCCCCGUCGUCCUAUUCCUCUGCGCCAUCCAGCUCCUCCACCACAUCAUCUAUGUCAACCGCCACCACUGCAAGUUCUCAGUACGGAUCUACUGAAGUGGGCCAGGCUCCGGCUAAGAGUCCCUGCAUCCUCCCUAUCGUGUAUGGUGGCGUGAAGGCCAGCAGCACUCAUUACUACUUGCUACCUGAGAAACCGGCAUACCUGGAUAAGUACGAGAGGUUCUUGAAGGACUCAGAGGAUAACAAUGAGAAAAAAACUACAAAUAUGGCCACUGUGAGGCCUAUGGUUCAACAGCAAGCCAACAAGCUCAGUUCUUCCACCGGACACACUAGUAACAGCGGGACUUCCAACAGUCUGGCCUGGCCGAGCAGCACCCAAGCAGGUGCCUUUAACCGUGUCACGAUACAACAAGUGCAGGAGGCGGUACAUGGAGUGACUGUAGAGGAGUGUCAAACUGCCCUUCAGACGCACAGCUGGAACUUUCAGGAGGCCGUCAAAUAUUUGAAGGUGGAGCAGUUGUUCCGACUGGGUUUGAAGGCUCGGCCCGAAUGCAUAGAAGCUCUGGAGAGAUGUGGCUGGAAUUUGGAGCAGGCCAGCACUCAAAUGCUGGACUCCUACGGUCCAUCUAGACAUAGGUUCUAAUGGCAGAAAAAAAGGAAGAACAGAGCAGAUCUCCGUUCCAGCGAAGCAAUGAGAAUCGAUCCAAUGAGAAUUCAGCUCUUUGACUCUUGACCAGUUAUACAAUGGAUGUUUGCUAAUAGAUUAUGCAGGUAAUUUGAAUAUUCAUUGCCUAUCUGUUUAUAAUCAAUACAAGAAAAAUGCAAAAUUCACUUACUUGAAGUACAAGUGCAAUGUGAACAGUUUGUAUAAGUUUGCUUUUCGCUGCAUCAAAUGUGACUUGCCUGUGAAAUGUUUGUAGUUUAUUUAUUCUGAAUAUUUUAUUUUAUAUUAGGAACCAUCUGAAAAGUGGGGACAUAAUUUAAAUCUUAUCAGCACUGCUCAAUAUUAAUUGAGUGAUGUGAGUUGUAAUGGUUGCUUCAUUCCUUAUUUUAUGUAAAGACGUUACAGGGUAUACUGGUCAGAUAUUAUAAGCUUUUGAAUGGAUGUAUAGACCAUUAAGGUGCAGUCGCAUUUACUGUUGUUCUGUGAAUUUUUGUGGACGAAGUCGGUCGUUUCAAUAGGGAUUGAAAUCCAUGUGAUCUGCAAUUUCGUGUGAGGCUAAAAGAUUUCCCCACACAGAUUCCUCAAAGGGUUCAAGGUCACAUGGCGAAUGACCAAUUUGGUUUGAAAGUGACUUCUGUGUAAGCUGUGCUUCAUACAUCGCCACAUUAUUGACAAUGGACGAUGGACUUUUUCCUGUGAAAUUUCAUGAUAAUAUUACCACACAUUUCUGCAUCUAUUAUGCUCAUACUUUGGUUAACUCUCAUUCAUGAUGUGGCAUGCAGUAUAUAGGCCUUGUUGCUAAUAUCAGCUUAUACUAGUUUAUCAUUAGUUUUAUUCUAUGCUGUGGUGGUAAAAUUAGUCACCGCCCUGAGACUGCACAGCCACAGCUCACCCAUAGUCUGUCUUUUUUCCCCCUCAUGCCUCUAUUAUUUUGGUUUAAUCUAUUUUAGAUAACCCACAAUUAAAACGAACAAACUGUGAUCGAACUGAGAAUGUCAAUGUUCAUUCCUCAUUCCUCAAGGCUAUUGUGCCAUCAUGAUGGCUGCAGAAAAUACUGUAAAUGCACUUAUUUUAUUCUUAAUUCAUCAGUUUCUUGUUAGUUUUGUUGGUCUUCAUUGUCCUUAUCACUGGACCAAUUGUUCUCAGUUGCUGAUUUAGCUAUUAUGAGAAAAAUAUUAUCUUUUUCAUUUACUUUUAGGUAAGUGGAACUCUGCUUUUAUCUUUGCAUUUUCCGAUUUUGCUCAGGUUCAUAUAUCACAGAAACAGCACUUAGUCUCUGUAAUGAAGUCUCAUUUAAUGAAAUGAUCUUAACUGGAACUGAGUAACAGCUUUUAAUGCACAUUUUUCUUCUGUCAGAACAUGUUGACCGUGUCCAUAUGUCACCCACUUUGCAUCAAUCACUUACAAACAUCUUACUUAGCAAAUUGAGGCUUUUGCUCUGUGCUUUUGUGCUCUGUAAUUUUCAUCUGCCUCCUGGACAGAUGCUCAGUAUUCUAGUUAUGUUUUACCUGCACUGGUUUUGUGUUCAUGUCUUUGGAAUUGUGCUCGCCUUAUGUAGGUUGCCUCCCACUUUUUCUGAAUUGGAUGACAGAAUGCUGGGCUUACUGUAAAAGCUUUAUAAAUGUGUAUUCUAUAAUUGUCUAUAUGUAUUUUUGUACUGAAGUAUAUAUUUAAAACUGG